CUCUGCAGAGGGCGGUGGCCGGGCCGGAGCGAGUCUUGGGGGCGUCGGGUUGGCUUUUCGCCCGAGAACAAGAAAGCGGGAGGUAGCGGGCGCUGGGUUGCAGUGACAUCCGAGCGCCCCCAGUCUUCGCCUCUUCCCCUUCGUGCGCCCCUCACGCUGCCUCUUCUCUGGCAGUUUGUUUCUGCGACUCUCCGGCUGAAGGUGACGAGGCAGGAGCGGGGCGGGAGGGCGUCGGAAAUGGCUGAGACGGUGGCGGACACCAGGCGCCUUAUCACCAAGCCGCAGAACCUGAAUGACGCCUACGGGCCGCCUAGCAACUUCCUCGAGAUCGACGUCGCCAACCCACAGACCGUCGGCGUGGGCAGGGGCCGCUUCACCACCUACGAAGUCAGGGUCAAGACAAACCUUCCUAUUUUCAAAUUGAAGGAAUCUUGUGUCAGGAGACGAUACAGUGACUUUGAAUGGCUCCGAAGUGAACUAGAAAGAGAGAGUAAGGUUGUUGUACCACCUUUACCUGGAAAAGCUUUUCUACGCCAGCUGCCUUUUAGAGGAGAUGACGGGAUAUUUGAUUAUUCCUUUAUAGAAGAAAGGAAACAAGGGCUUGAACAAUUCAUAAACAAAGUUGCAGGCCACCCUCUGGCACAGAAUGAACGAUGUCUUCAUAUGUUCUUGCAAGAUGAAGUCAUAGACAAAAGCUACACACCAUCCAAAAUAAGACAUGCUUGAAUGCUGCACAACACUUAAUGGCAUAAAUGUUAGUGAUUACCACACUUGGUCUAAGACUUGUAGUUUAAGGUUUUAGCAUGCUGCAGACAAACUGGCACAAGAAGCCUUCAGUAUACUAUCAGCACUGCUUGGUCUUUGCAUUCAUUUUAUGGCAUUAAAGAUCUCUAAGCAAGUCUGUCAUUUUUGAUUAAUUGUCCUUUUUAAAAAAUCCAAAUAUUUUGAACCUCUUCCUUCCCAUUUGCAAUGACCUUGUGAUGUUUACUGAGUUGGCCUUACUCAAACUUGCACUGCUCUGGUGUUGCACGUUCACUUGCAUUUGAUUAAGACACUAGAAGUUUCCUGUAAAAUAACUAGUAUUCAACCUGCAAAUCUGAAAACUAACAUGGUGCAUUGUUUUCAAUACCCCCUGUGUAAAAUAAGCACUUCUGGUAGUUGUAUUCUCAAGGUGGGGUGGGAGGGAACCUUUGUACUGAGAAGCAAUGUGGGAACUAUCUUUAUAUUGUAUAAAAAGAAAUCAGAUUUGUAUACUAAGAUCAUUUGUCUAAAGUUGUUUUGAAAUAAAAACUAAA